CCGCCGCCAUCUUGUGGGAGGGCACCCGCCUGGUGGCGCGUGCGCGUGCCCUCUACGACGUCCGAGCGGGAGCCAUGGGGCUGGGGCAGAACGGAGCCGUGCGGGUUGAGUGGAUUGCUGCAGUCUCCUUAGCUGCUGGUGCAGCUGCUGUUGGGUACCUGGCUUACAAAAAAUUUCUCUGUAAAGACAAAUGCUGCAAAGCAAUGGUGAAUCCCCAUAUCCAGAAGGAUAACCCCAAGGUAGUCCACGCAUUUGAUAUGGAAGAUCUGGGAGACAAGGCUGUCUACUGUCGUUGUUGGAGAUCUAAGAAGUUCCCGCUGUGUGAUGGCUCUCACACAAAACACAAUGAGGAAACUGGUGACAACGUUGGGCCUCUGAUCAUCAAGAGGAAGGAGGCAUAGAGUGUCCAGUGGAAACUACAAAAUGAAUGUCUGACAAAUCCUCUGCUCACCUGUAAUUGGGGGAAAAAAACCACAAUUUUUUUGUCAUGUCACUGAAGACUUCCCAGAGUAGUAUAUACAUCAGGCUUCAGCAUGUGUAUUUUCUCUUGUGCUUGUCUGGUUUUAAUCACUACAAUGCAUAAGUUACUAAAUAGUCAUGGUUUAAAUUUUUUGCCCUGUGAAGUGUGUGUACCCUGUCAUUGAGUAUGAAACUAAAAUGACGCACAGAAUGUAUUUAAUCAGAAAAUAGAUAUUAAAUUAUUUUCAAAUACAUGUGUACUGUUCUGAGGCUGUUCAGUAGAAUAUGUGUUAAAAAGGUCGUAAAAUCCUGGAGAGGUUUUGAAGACCAAAAUCACAGGUUUGGACAGAUUUCUAGGUAAAAAGCAGCAGCAGGAAAGAAAUAAUGGUACCAAAAUGCAGUGUAACCUCUGAUAAUUCUGCAGGUGUCAUGUUUGGCCUGUUACACUACUGUUCUGUGUGGCUUCUGUGAAAGAACAAAUUUAAAAUUGCUAACAAUAAACAGACAACAUAAAAAUCAGUAAGCAAGAUGGGAUUAAAGAGUAACUUUACCUAUGAUUUUACAGCAGUGUUGAAACUUGACCCUACUACUGCAAAGUAUCAAGAACAUCUCACCAGAACCGCAGAACUGUUUAGGAUUAGAGUAGGAUUAGAAAGGUGGUCUCUGUGACAGCUUGCUCUAUUAAACAAGUGGAAUGAUACAAAAUGCUCCAAGAAUGAUGGGCAGGGGAUGGCAGGGUUGUCUUUGCUGCUAGAAAGCCUUUGUUUCCCUUGCAGUCUCUAGCAGUGAGCCUAACUUCUCCAGACCACAGGACUCUUCUGUGAGGGAGGGAAUGCAAAUUUAUUCCAGAAGCUAAAAUAAAAACUAACUCCCCUACCCAUCAUUACUGACUUCAUCAUUGCUCUGGCUGGUUCCGGAGAACUCUUCCCACUUUGGAGGGAGGAGGCACACCUUUCUUACUAAGUGGCCUUAGGCUCUAUGUGUCUUAAAAAACUCCUGCCUCCUUGGGUAAGCUUAACAUGGUUCAGCUAACUUUACCAAAAGAACUGACAUGGAUGAGGAAAGGCUUUGUUGACAGCUAGGAGCAAGGGAGAAAGGAAGGAUGAGACAAGGAGAGCUCUUAUCCUCCUUUCAUUUGGCACUAGUCUGACACAAUUGCAUUAAUGACUAUCAUGUUGGUUUCCUUAAAUAGCUUUGAUUUAUUAUUAACAUGCAAAUGACUACAAAACCCAAAGAGUGGGGUGGCAGAGGGCAGUUUUCAGUUAAACCUGGCCCAUCAGUGUCAUUGCAGCCUGUGUAAGAUUGAGCUCAGUGUUCUGGGACAGAGAGACUACCUCAGAGCUAGAGAUAAGGCCUUUUCAUUUUAACCUGGACCUUUAAGGAUUCUUCCAGGUGACUGGGGCAAUAGAGGUUUUACUUUAAUAUUUUUUUAAGGGUUUAAUUGGUAGAACUGGGUUAACAUUGAAGAAAUGUUUUGCAUAUUCUUGAGUGAGACUUUCAGAGGCUGAGGUCUUAGCUGACCUGAAUUUUGGCAGAAGACAUGAAAAGUAGGAAAGGUGGCACAGAGGCAGCAAAAAGAGGAUUUGCAGGUGGAGGGCUAUAGUAGGGGCAUCUGCUGUCUGUAGGAAUACCUCUACUUGUGAGAAGUUGCAGUCAAAUACAUUUCAUUUCUAUUUUUUGUUCCUGUCUUGACUGUAAACUUACUUGGUGUUUUUUACUUGGCCAAGUACUGAUGUAUAUGGAAAGUUGCUUCAACCUUAAAUUAUCAAAUACAUUGCUUUUAUCCAAAACAAAGUUAUUUCUGUAAUAUUAGAAUAUAACACUGGAUAUUUCUGUAUUUUUGUCAAAAUCCACAUUUGAGCUCAUCUUAAUCUUGAGAUUGUAAUGUCUGUGUUAUCUCAUGGGUGUACUGUUUCUUCAAGGGAGACUUACACUGAGUAGUGCUGUACACCAAUGCUGCUGUAAUCGUAAACCUGUGUCUGGGCUGGGGUUUCCUUCUGAGACUUCCUGUUAGCAGCAAAGCCUGGCUGCUCUUGAAGGAAUAAAAAUUUACUGAAAACUGUUAA